GUUUCUUUCCAGGGUUCUCUUGCUUUUGUACCGCAGCAAGCCUGGAUCCAAAAUGCUACUUUGAAGGAUAAUAUCUUGUUUGGAUCUCCACAUGAGGAAGAGAACUUCAAAAAGGUCAUACAGGCCUGUGCUCUUGCCCCUGACCUUGAGCUGCUGCCUGGAGGAGACCUCACUGAGAUUGGAGAGAAAGGUAUCAAUCUCUCAGGGGGUCAAAAGCAGCGAGUGAGCUUAGCCAGAGCAGUCUACAGUCAGGCUGAUAUCUAUCUAUUAGAUGACCCUUUGUCUGCUGUGGACUCACAUGUAGGAAAGCAUCUAUUUGAAAAUGUAAUUGGACCCAAUGGAUUACUUAAAGACAAGGUUUGUGCUUAAAAACAUAUGCUAACAAUAUUAAAAAUGGGGAUUAAGAAUAACCCAAUCAUUUAUAAUACAAUAAGGGUCUGGGGGGAAAUGCGUAAAAGGUUGGGUAGAGAAGAUUGCACUUCAUUCUUGACUCCUUUACUGAGAA